UGCUCGCACCUGUCACCUCCUCCCGCCGUGGGUUGUAUGCGGCACUCAGCGGCCGGGUGCACCAGGCAGCCGCUCGGGCUGCGCUCCGGGGGAGCGGUAGCUGGAGCUGCGGGGCCAUGAGGCUGGCGGAGGGGAGCUUCGGCCGGGCGCUCCUUCCCCCUCCGCAGCGAGCGUAGCCGCCUGUUUGGGCAGAGCCGGGUCCCCGCCAUUGAUGCCGCUGCCGUUGGGCGGCGGUGGCGCGCGCCGCAGAGGGGCCGUUUGAUUCCGGGCUGGUAACGGCCGGUGCCGGCCGCUGCCCGUGGUCGGGCCGAGGCCUGGGGCUGCCCCCAGUAUGCGAUGGGGAACUGCUGGGCGCAGUGGUGCUGCGGCCUUUUCUUGCGGAGAGAAGCGGGGCGGAUCCAGCGAGGCGGAGGAUCAAAGUAUUUUAGAACAUGUUCAACUGGAGAACACUUCACUAUAGAGUUUGAGAAUCUAGUGGAAAGUGAUGAGGGAGAAAGCCCAGGAAGCAGUCAUAGACCUCUGACGGAGGAAGAAAUUGCUGAUCUGAGAGAGAGACAUUAUGAUUCCAUUGCUGAAAAACAGAGAGCAUUUGAUAUGAAACUUCAGUCCGAGUUAGCCUUACAAGAGGAGAAGUUAAGAAUAGAAGAAGAGGCUUUAUAUGCUGCACAACGUGAAGCAGCCAGGGCAGCAAAGCAGAAAAAGCUCUUGGAGCCACAUAGACUGCAGAGGAUUAUGCAGCGAGCACCAGCAGCUAAUAAUGGAGACUAUCAAAGCUCAGUGGCAGAAGAGGAGUUUGAUUGUUCUUUGAGAAAUAUAAAGCUCCACUAUGAAGCUUUUCGAAGUAGCAGACUUUCAUCUGAUGCUACCAUUCUGACACCAAACACGGAGAGCAGCUGUGACUUAAUGACCAAAACAAAAUCAACAAGUGGAAAUGAUGACAGCACUUCACUAGAUCUAGAGUGGGAAGAUGAAGAAGGCAUGAACAGAAUGAUUCCAAUGAGAGAGCGCUCUAAAACAGAAGAAGAUAUACUCCGAGCAGCACUAAAAUUUAGCAGCAAGAAGACCGGAAGUAAUCCAACCUCAGCUUCUGAUGAUUCAAAUGGUUUGGAGUGGGAGAAUGAUUUUGUUAGUGCUGAGAUGGAUGAUAAUGGCAAUUCAGAGUAUGCUGGAUUUGUGAAUCCUGUAAUAGAACUGUCUGCGUCAGACAUAAAUAAAUCCGAUGCUGAUCAACAAGACAGAUAGUGAAAUUGUGUGGCUGUUGUCAAUGGCAAAAUGUUCAAAGUUAAAUGGAGUGUACAGAAAUGUGAGGCUUGUGUAAGAAAAGGAAGGAAACCAUAUUGUAAUGCUCAUUAGCAAGGAAUGGGAAUGAUUUGUUAUCUGAGUUACUUCAGAAUUAAGUGCAAUUUUAUCAUCUACCUUAUAAAUGUUUAUGAAAAUACUGGGGUGAUUCUAUCUUGUAUAUUUCUGGAAAUUUGGGAUUCAUAUAAAAUUAUCUGCACUAAUUUAAGAUUCCAGCUUGACAUACCUAUAUUUUAACUAACCACUUUAUUUCAGUGUAUUUCUCCUGA